ACCAGAACAUCACCCAAGCCCACAUCCUAUCACACAACUAUGACCCCCGCAACAAAACGGAAAACCAGGAACCUUCGAAGACGUCAGGUGCCGAAGUGAUUCUUACCUUCUUUGACUCAUCGCCACGUUGCAAACGGCGCAUGUGUGUUCGACAAUUUCCUUCCUGGAGGUUACUCAGUUUGGGCGUCAAACCAAGCACGGAUGGCUGGGGCAGGUUUAUUGGAACUUGCAGGGAGGUGAAUGCAUUCUCUGCAGUUGUUGUCGUCUUGCAGCUCUUGCACUUGGAUAUAUGCUCGGUGUUUGCUGCAUAUCAAGGUCUUCAACGUCUCGGACUGCACGACCAGGUCCUGCAUGAGGUCAUGCGAAUCAUGGUCUUGGUCUUUCCCCUACUCCUUGUUGCUGCAGCAAAGCCCUGCGCAAGUCCUCCACAUUCAGGUUCUUCGCCAUGCGCCGCUCCAUGUUCAGCUUUUUCGGCGCCGUGUCGAUCACGUUCUUCGACGUACUUUGUUCACCCAAAAUCCUCGUGAUCGAAUCAACUGCCAACAUGCACUGAAUUGGAGCCCCCAUGUAGCAGGUCUGUCCGAGGUUGGGGACUCCUGUUGGGCCGACCCAUCUGAGGUAGCGAGUCGAUGCCGACACCGAUGGCUGGAUGUCUUCAAUCGCCCUUUCCUUAUACCAAAAGCUGUAAUAUGGACGAUGAUCUUCGGCGAAGGCGGCCCAGAAGAACCCUCCCAAGUGAUCUUCCAGUUUCAAGAGGCUUUGCAGCCUCUUGGAUACCGGUGGAUUAGCCAUCUCUCAGUACGGGACAUUGAUCAUCUCAUAGCGGGCCAUGAGAGCACCGGUCGGAUCAAGCCAUCGUCGCUCCACAAGAACAGGUUCGUGCGCGAGAAUGCACUUGAUCGCCUCCUUCACGUUGUGGUAGACGAUGUAGUGGUUCUUUGAAUUCGCGGCAAGAUGGGCUGUUCUUCCUGCUUGACAUCCGCUCUUGAGCUCCAGAUAGCGUGACUUCAGAGUGGCAGCGGCGGAAAAGAGGAGUGCUCCACGGUUGGCCAGAAUUUGCAUCGAUGACGGAGUGUCAGUCAAUUCUCGCCAGUCUUCUUGUCUAGCCAAACCCAGUAUUAGUGCGAUUUGGGUGAACUGUGAAGCGUCGGUGUCCUUGUCCAAAACCGGUAGACGCUCUCCGGUGCUUGGAGGGAUCUUCGCUAUCAUCGUCAUCUUCUGAACAAAGUCGUAUAGAACGCUCAAUGGAAUUACUGUACGAAAUGUUCCAUCGGGUCGCUCCAAUGCAAAAUCAAGAAUCUUCCUAUCGGUGACGAUGACGCGGGUAGCAUCGGCGGCGGAUCUCCAAUACAAAAUCAGAGGACGCUGAUUCGGUGUCGACUACCGAGCUAGAAGCUGCGGCGUAUUUCCUCAAGUGACCUGUUAUACAAGUCCCGGAAGAACGAAAUCGUUGAACACACCUGCGCCGUUUGCAACUGCAGAGAUGCGUCGAAGAAGUUUGAGAAUCACUUCGGCACCUGACGUCUUCGUCCUGCAAGAGUCCCGUUUUGUUGCGGGGGUCAUAGUUGUGUGAUUGGAUGUGGGCUUGGGUGAUGUUCUGGUGUUCUCAUUUUGUUGCGGGGUGUAAUCUAGUCGGCUUGCAAACACACUUGUAUAGCUGUUCCUUUCUAAUAUCAUAAACUGGCACUGAUUAUCUUCCCGUUCAUUUCAUCUUUUCUCUUUGGUUUCUUCAAUGGUUCGG